AUGGCCGAGUAUGAGGGCCAAGUGGCACUCACACGGUCGACUCGGGAGGCGAAAAAAAGAUGCGUCGCCUCCGAGCAGGCCUACAUUGGCGCCCAAGAUGAUAGGGCGUCGAACGCGUCCACAAACACUUCACUCCAACACCUUGAGCCGACAGGAAUCAGCACCCCAUUCCCCUCUGUGAUUCAUGCCAGCAGCUCUGUUGGACAAAUCCAACCAAUCCAUGUCCUUAAAACCGGCAUUUACCCUGACCGUUUCUUCCCAACGACUGAUUGGCUUGCAGUUGUAAUUCAUCCCCUCAAUCUUGCCUCAGUCUUGCGCCCACAGACCCAGUCAAUCAUUGACAACACUAGGCCAAAUGGUGUGCUCAAACUGCUGGUCCAACUAGUGCUUGGCCCGCACCGGUGUUGUGGCCCGGUCAUCUGCAUUCCCAUCGGCACGACACUCCAAGCCUCCAACUCAGUCAGGUCCAGCCCUCAGAAAGGCCAACACCCAUUCUGGACUGGGUUGUCGCUUGACACUCUAUCCUACCAAGCCCAGCACCUCAAAAACUCACUUCCCUUACACCACCAAUACAACGGAAAUAUAGUAAAUCAUAAUCGCUCCGACAGGAUGUUCAACUUCAUCAACCUUGCUUUUGUGGCAAGUGCCUUAUGUCUGGCUACCGUGGAUAGCAGGAUACCGAUAGGCACUGAAAGAAAUUUGGCGGCAAGCAAGGUCGAUUCUGUCUACAAGCCUCUACAGGUUACCAGAGCCCAAGUUCUCGACAAGAGACACUUGCCCCAGCUACCCGAAAACGAGAACUUAGCUGACUUCACACCAACCCCAGUAAUUCCCCAGACAACCUCUGAUAACACACGGAGAGGAUCUGAAAAACUCAAUCGACGUACUUUUGGGCAAUUCUCUUUCAAACAAAUCAAAGUGCACGCAUACCUCGUCGAAUGUCUUAAUGGAAUAGUACCCCAUGUUCAACUGAUUCGAAAUCUCUGUGCUGGAGAAUUCAAUGGCGAUGCCGAAAGACUUGGAUGGAGUUUGGUAGCUGAACUCCAAGAGAUCCUCAAUAUAUUGAAUGGCUGCCUGGCCAAAAUCAAAAGCUGUGGAACCGCUCCAACUCCAAGCGGGGCCCCGGGUGGAAGAACCCCAUCACUCGGAGAUAUCUGCCAGAUAUUGUUCAGGAUUAUGUGCGAAAUCAGAGAUUGCUGCUUGGUCAUUGGUGCACUCUGCACAAAAUAUGUCAUCGUUCGCCAGAUCUGUCAUGACACUUUGACGCAAAUCACGAGCUGCCUGGCAAGUAUUGCAGUCAGCUUAGGUGCCGAGGUGGGAAACAUCUCCACUGGCUUAGGACGACUUAUCGCCACCAUGCCUCACUUCUUCGUCGGCGUCCAAUUUGGUUUCGAUGCAAUUCCCGGAAUCCUAGGAGACGGCAAAGGCUUCUUCUCUUUCAAUGCUUUCCUGUAGAUAUGAAAUGUUCCUGCUCAUCCAUCUCACUGGACAUGAACAACCAAG